UCUGCAGGUACAUCUAUCUUGGGCUAUAUGACAGCGAGAUAGAAGCUGCAAGGUCGCAAUGACCAUAGUUCAUUCUCCCUUAUCCCAUAUUUAAUCUCGGUUUUCCUCUAACACUGCUUGGGAAUCCAUUUAACUUGUAAAUUUUUUUUGUUCUAUUAAUUAGGGCUUAUGACAAGGCUGCUAUAAAAUCCAAUGGAAGGGAGGCAGUCACCAAUUUUGAUUGGAGGACAUACGAAGGGGAGAUAAGUUCCGAGACAUAUGUUGGUGGUAGCAAUCAUAACUUGGAUCUGAACCUGGGCAUUGCUCCCCCUCAUUUUUCGGAUGGCAAAAAUGGGAACAGAACGGAAGAUUUUCUUCUUCUGGGUGGCUUAGAUGCCAUGUCUGGGGCCGGAAGAGCAAAGACUGGGUGCUCUCCUUCGUCAGCAGUGGGAACUCUGCCUCAUGACCAAGUAGUGGUGUCCGAGCACUCUCCUCUCUACGGAAGUGUGAAUUCCACUUUGUUUCCCUUCUCUAAGGGAAGAGCAAUAGAGAAGAGUAUGAAAGUCAAUCCCUCACUGAACUGGGCGUGGCAAAUCCAGGACCCUCAUUGUGGGGUCUCUCCAGGGCCUUUCUUCUCUACUGCAGCAUCAUCAGGAUUCGCUAAUUCAACCAUGACUGCUUCCUCAGCUGCUGUUCAUCAACCCCACUUUCUCAAUACAACAAUUCCCCCCCACCAUUUUUCCCCAUCAAUCAAGGGUACUAACUUGUCCCAUUACUGUUGCAGGAGCUGAAGUCACUAGCAGGGAAGCACAAAGGUUUUGUGGAGAAAUUCUCAAUAUAUGGCUGAAUAUUGUGAGGCAAUGCUAAUUGCAUCAUGUAACAUUGCUAUUAUUUUUUAGGUGUUUUGACUGAAUUCUACUGUAACUUUUGUAUUUCUCUGUUGCUCAUUUAGAGUU